AUGAGAAGAGGGUUAGGAAAUGAGAAGCGCUUUUUGAGACGGUCCUUCAAUAGAUCAUACUACUACAAGAAGAAUGAGAAAGAGAAGAUUGAAGAAAUGAACAGUAGGAAAAAUAAUAAUUACGAAAAGGAAGAGGAAGAGGAUGAUGAAGAAGAUAUUGAUGGAGUUGAUGAAGAUAUAAAAGAAAGAUGUGGUAAAGCAGUGUGCGAUAUGAAUUCAUCUGAUAUAGAAGAAAGGAAUGAAAAGAAGAAAAAAAAUGAAAAAUUUAUAGUAAAAGAAAAAAAAGAAUUAUGUGUAAAUGGUGAAUCUUUUCUCUUAAAGAAUAUGGAACAAAAUAAUAAUGAUAAGGGUCAAGAUAAAAAUAAUGUUAUAUGUCCAUUAUGUGUUGAGGUGUUAGAUGAAACAGAUCGAAAUUUUUUUCCAUGUGAUUGUGGUUAUCAAAUAUGUUUAUGGUGUCUUUAUUAUAUAAGAGAUCAUAUGAAUAAUACAUGUCCAGCUUGUCGAAGAAGUUAUGAAGAAAAAAAUUUUAUAUAUAAUAAAGAGACCCAUGAAAAAUUGAUUAAGAAGCAGAAGAGUAAUAAGAAUAGGAGUGAUAAUAAUAAUAAUAAUAAUAAUAUAAAUAAGGGUGAUAAUAAUUAUAUGAAUAACAUUAACUUAACAAAUAUGAAUGAAAUGAAUAAUAUUAAUGAUAUGAAUAAUAAUAAUAAUAAUAAUGAUAAUAAUGAUAAUAAUAAUGAUAAUAAUAAUAACAACAACAACAAUAAUAAUAAUAACAACAACAACAACAAUAAUAAUAAUAAUAAUAACAACAACAACAACAAUAAUAAUAAUAAUAAUAAUAAUAAUAAUAAUUAUUAUUAUAUUAGUAACAAUUAUAAUAAUAAUUAUAGUAGUAGUGGUAGUUUAUUAUAUAGAUGCGAUACAUACAAACAUUCGAAUAUAUAUAAUAUACAUGAAUAUGAUAAUUUGCUAGAAAUUAUUAAAAGUAUAAGAGUUGUUCAAAGGAAUCUUGUUUUUGUCAUCGGUAUAACAGCUACAUAUGCCAAGAAAACUGUUUUAAAAAAAAAUGAACAUUUUGGUAAGUACGGGAAAAUAUUAAAUAUUAUUAUUAAUAAAUCUCAAGCUUAUAAUCCUCAAUAUAAUGGUCCAUCAUUUAGUGCAUAUAUUACAUAUAGUAAUGAAAAAGAAGCUAUAAAUGCUAUAUAUUUUAUAGAUGGUAUGAUGUUAGAUAAUAAGAUAUUAAAAGCUUCUUUUGGUACGACGAAAUAUUGUUCUUCUUUUUUAAAAAAUGCUUCUUGUGGUAAUGAGGAAUGUUUUUAUUUACAUGAACUAGGAAAUGUAAUAGAUAGUUUUUCAAAAGAUGAUAUACAUGGACCUAAACAUAUAUAUCAUGAUCUUUUAUAUUUAUAUUUUAAAAAAUUACCAGAUAAAAAAAAUGACGGGACUUAUGAUUCUUUAUCAAAUAAUAUAACCAUCAAAAAUUUUAAAUUAUAUGAAGAAGAUGUAUCUUCGUUAGUAAAAAUUGAAAAAGCUGAAACCAAAAAAAAAAUAGAAAAUAAUAUUGAAGAUACAAAUGUUAAUGAUGAUAUAAAAAAAAAUAAUAAUAUAAAUUAUACAGAAUUUAAAUAUUUUAAUGAAUGGAAGAAUAAAAAUGUAAAUUUAGAAAAAAUUAAACAAGAUCAAAAUAAAACUGCACCAUCUCAAAAUAAUAAACAAUCGAAAUGGAUAUUGGAAGAUAAAAUAUUACAAAUAAAAAAAAGUGCAACACAUGACAACAUACUUAUACAAUCAAAUGAUCAUGAAAAUUAUGAUAUAGAUGAUGAUAUAUAUGAUAAUGAUAUAAAUGAUAUGGAUGAUGUUGAUGACAAUAAAUCGAAUAAUAAUAAAAUAAAAACAAAGAAAAAAAAAAAAUCAAAAAGUGAAGAUGUUUUACCUUUAGAUAUGUUAAAAAAUAAUUCAUAUAUAGCAACUAAUAAAAAUAUACCUACAAAUGAUAAGAAAGGUAAAAACCAUUUAAAUUCUGUACAAAAUACUUCUACUUCUUUAAUUAUUAAUAGUUAUAGUGAUGACAAAGAUCAUACCUCAAAAAAAAAAAAUAACAAUACGACCAAAAAUGUUAUUAAUAAUAAUAAUAAUGUGAUGAAUGAUACAGAUUAUCUUAAUGAAUUGUCCGAAAAUUAUCCAUCAAUUAAUGAAGCUCUAUUGGAUAAAGAUAAAAAGAAAAAGGCAAAAAAAAAAGCUGAAAAAAAUAAAGCGGAAAAAAAUAAAGCAGAAAAAAAUAAAGCUGAAAAGAAUAAAGCUGAGAAGAAUAAAGCUGAGAAGAAUAAAGCUGAAAAGAAUAAAGCUGAAAAGAAUAAAGCUGAAAAGAAUAAAGCUGAAAAGAAUAAAGCCGAUAAAAAUAAAGCCGAUAAAAAUAAAGAAGAUACAAAUAAAGAAAAUGCCAAUAAUGAAGAUAAAAAUAAUGAAGAUAUCAAUAAUGAAGAUAAAAAUAAUGAAGAUAUCAAUAAUGAAGAUAUCAAUAAUGAAGAUACAAAUAAAAUUAUUACAAAAGAGGAAAGUGAAGAACAAAAAAAAGAAAACGAUUCUGCAUAUACCAAAAAGAAUAAGAAAAAGAAUCAAAACAAUCAACUCAUAGAAAAUAAAAAAAAAGAACAAGAUAUCAUAAACAAAAAUAACAUUACUAAUAAUAAACAAGAAAGUAACAAUAUUAAUGAAAAGAGUACAGAUGAUUCCAAAAAAUUUACUUCCCUUAUUUCAAAUUAUUUUAGUGAAUUAUUAGAUAAGAAAAAAAAGAAAGACACAUCAAAAAAUGAAACCGAAGAAACAAAUGAGGAAAUUAAUAAAGAAAAUGUAAUAGAUAAAAAGAAAAAUAAAAAUGCCCAACCUCAACAUGUUAUCAUCUUCAACAACAACAAUAAUGAUAAUUAUAACAAUAAUAAUAAUAAUAAUAAUAUUAAUAGUAAUAGCAAUAUUAUUAUCGGUUUUCGUCAAGGACAGGUUGAACUUGCACGGAGAAAAGAAUUUAGUUUUACAGAUGACGGGAAAAUUAAAAAAAUCGUGGAAGAAAAAGAUAAGAUAGAAGGAAAAUCAAAAGAAGACAAGAAAGGAGAUCAACAAUCAGAUGUACAUGAAAUUAUAGACAAGAAACAAGGAGGAAUAGAAAACCAAAGUUUAGAAGAAUCAAAAAGAAAAGCAAAAAACAUUCAACAAAAGGAUAAUACAAAAGAUGCACAACUUCUUAAAUCUGAUGAGAAAAAAACAGAAGGGGAUCUAAGUAAUACAUUAACACAUUAUGUUACAAAUCAACAAGAUCAUUUUGAUGAAGACAUAGAAAAUAACAUAGAUAAUCAAAACGAGGAAGACAAUCUACAUAAAAAUACAUCAAAAGGUAAAAAAAAAAUAGAAAACAAUAAUAAAAUGGUAGAUACGAAAAUAUUAAAUAUCGAAGAUAUUAUUAAAAUGAAAAGCAUUAAUAAUAAUGAUAAUAUAAAAUUACCAGAAGAAAUAAAAGAAUAUAUCAAGAAAAUGAAAAGUGAAGGUAUAAAAGAAAAUGUGGAAUUUGAUAUAUAUCAUAAAUUUAUAAAUAAUUAUUUCAAUGUAAAAGAAUAUGUAGAUGGUAUUAUUGUGGUAGAAGAGAAAGAGAUGAAAGGGAUGAAAGGAAAUGAUAAUAAUGUGAAAGAUCAAAAAAAAGGAAAACAUGAAGAAGAUAAUAAGAAGAAAGUAUUAAUUAGCAAAACAGAAGAAGCUGAUACAUCAAAAAGAAAACAAAAAAAUAUGUUGGAUAAGAAAAAUAAAAAAGAAAAAAGAAAAAAGAAAAAAGAAAAAAAAAAUCAUAAUGAUGAGGAAGAAAAUGAUAAUGAAGAAGAUCAAGAGGAGGAUGAAAAUCAGGAUAUUAUAAAUAAAGAUGGUAUUUUACAAAAAGAGAACAAAAAAAUAAAAAACAAGAAAGAAAAGGAAAUAAAAAACAAAAAUAAAACAAAAAUAAAAAAUGAUCAAGAAGAUGAAGAUGAAGAUGAAGAUGAAGAAGAUGAUGAAGAAGAUGAAGAAGAAGAUGAAGAAGAAGAAAUACAAAAAGAUAAUGUAACAUUAAUAAAGAAAAAAAAGAAAAAAGAAAAAAAAAAUAUUUCAAAUAAAAAAAAUGUAAUGUUUCAUAAAGAAAUGGAAGGAUAUAUAAUGGAUACAAUAAUGGGUAUAAUAUUGAAUGAGUUAAAAAGUAAAAAUAAUGUCAAAAAAAUUAAUAUUAAUAAAAAUAAUUAUGAUGAUGAAAAAAAUGUAUUACUCAAGGAUGUAGAAAUUUUUAUAAAAAAUUUAUGUGUUGCUAAAUGUAAAUCUGUAGAAAAUAAUAAGAACAAAGGAAAUAUACUUUAUUUAAUAGAGGAAGGAAAUGAUGAAAAUAAUACAUCAAAAAAAAAAGGAGCUAAAAAAAAAGCAAAAAGAAAUGAUUAUAUAAUAUAUUCAAAUGAUGAACAUACAUUUUUAAAAUCACACAAAGGUAUAAUGCAAUAUAUAUUAAAAAAUGGAAACACCAGCAGUAAUAAUAAAAAUAAUAAGAAUAAAAAUGUGGAUGAUAAGAGUAAAAAUGUGGAUGAUAAGAAUAAAAAUGUGGAUGAUAAGAAUAAAAAUGUGGGUGAUAAAAAUAAAAAUGGGGAUGAUAAAAAUAAAAAUGGGGAUGAUAAAAAUAAAAAUGGGGAUGAUAAAAAUAAAAAUGGGGAUGAUAAGAAUAAAAAUGGGGAUGAUAAGAAUAAAAAUGUGGGUGAUAGCAAUAAGGCUAAAAUAAAAAUAAGUGAAUAUCUAAAUGAUAAAAAUACUUUUGAUUUUUUUAAAGAUCUGAUCAUAUCUAAUAAUCAAGAUAAGAUCCAUACACCUGAUCAUAUUAUAUUCGAUAAAAUAUUUAACGAGCAAAUUCAUUUUGUACAACAAUUAUGUGAAACAGAUUUUAAAAUAAAUUCAAGAAAUGUUAUAUCGACAAAUAAAAAAACAGAUAGACAUCUAUAUCAAUCUCAUCAUAAUGUACAUAAUAAAUUAAAAAAAAAUACACAAGGAGGAGGUAAUAUAUCAAAUAUAUGGGUUAAUUUCGAUAAUACUCUUCAAAAUAAAGAAUUGAAUGAGAAGCUCAAUUUAAGUGCAUAA